AUGGAAAAUUUUCAGAGCUUAUUCGAGUCGAACAUAGCGAAGGCUAAUGAAGUUAUUUCUAGCCUUGGCUCGACUCUUAAAAUGGAGAAGGCAAAACUCAAACAGGCUCACUCUGGCCUCGAAAAAGACAAUGUCGAGCUUAACUCCUCUAUUUCAUCGAAGAUCAUGAAACUUCAAGAUGACUUGGCAACCAUGACCGUCAUGAAAAGUUGUAUCUCGGACGUGAAUGCAUUGCUUUUGGACAUCAUUGAGACUUGUGACUCGAUGAUCCCGAUAACACUCAAGAAGCAUCUCUCUGAAAAGCUCAGGCCCGUAUUCACAAUGCUUCAUAGACCGAAAGGUGUUCCAGAAUCAGGCUCAAUUCUGAAACAAAGGGGAAAAGGAGUGAAACAAUCCAAAAAGGAAAUCCCCAGACCUUCAGUCAAGCCCACUUUCAAGCCUAAAAGCGAGGCAAAGAGAAGUUGA